UUUGGAAAGUGAAUAAAGAGAAAGUGUCAAAAUGUGUAUUUUUAUGAAACUAAAUUACUAGUUAAUUAUUUUACUUAAAUAGAAACAUAAAAUAAAUUAUUCUAAUGUGCUAUUUGUUGUUUUUCUAAAUGACAAACAAAAUUAUGACAGUUACAAACAAAGAUUCAUCUACUUUUCAUUGUAUAGACAAAUGCAAAAAAAAUUAUCUACAAUCUAACUGUAUAUCUUCUUGAAUUGUCUUGAAUAAAAAAGAGGAUAAAUGACAGUUUUUUUAAAAUAAAAUUAAAUGACACAUACAAGGAGCUUAUUGAAUACAAUCAUCGAUUUUUAGGUUAUGUUUUAAGAACAAUGAUUUUUCAAAUUCAAGCAUUAAUAAGUAUUUUAUUGAAAAUUUUAUGAAUAAGACAGUCAAUAUGAAAGUUAAUAAUUUGGAGGAUAACCAUGAGUUAAAAAAUUUAUUAGGAAACAAUGGACCCAACAACUCUGGUGUGGAUACUCAAACACUCUUACAAAAUAAGAAUAAUAAUAAUCGCAGCUGUUUGUGUUCCCUUGAAGAAAACGAAACCUUCAAUGCCGUUGAGUUGUGUGUUGUCGUGUAACUGGUGAAUGUUUCUUUCACAACGAAUCAUGAUUCCAGUCGCUGUUUCAAUCACAAGGGGGUCCAAAUUCAAACUGGAGCACGCGCGCCUUUCUCUUCGUCCUGUGUACUUGCUGGACGAUGGGGAAGAUGAAACCCAUCAAGAAACGGAAGUUCCAUCGUUGGAGAAAAUAAAUUCUAAUAGUGAAAUAGCUUCAAUUAAAAUUUUCAUUGAAGGAAUGAGUUGUCAGAGUUGUGUGAAAAAUAUUGAAGGAACAAUAGGAAAUCGUCCAGGUGUUAUUAAUAUUAAAGUUAAUUUAGAUGAUAAAAUUGGCAAUGUGACGUACAAAAUCAGUGAAAUAACAUCGAAAGAAUUAAUUGACGCUAUUAGUGACAUGGGUUUUGAUGCUUUUUUAUCAAGAGAAGACAAAAAUUUUAAUAAUGACACCAGUUCUAAAUGUAAUAUAAGUAAUUGUAGAAUUCAUAUCGAUGGAAUGACAUGUAAUUCAUGUGUUAAUAGUAUCACUGGUGUAAUAUUGGAAAAGUCAGGAGUAAAAACAAUUCAAGUUAGUUUAGAUGAAAAAGAAGCAAAAGUUUCAUACAACAAUGACGAAAUAACUGCCGAUAAAAUAGCGUAUUUUAUUGAAGACAUGGGAUUCGAUACGUAUGUAAAAGAAAUUAAUGGUCAACUGGAGAAUAAAUUGGAAAAUAAUGAAAAAACAAAGGAAAUUGAAAAAUUAAAAACAAUAAAUGGUGCUGGCGAUGUUAAAUUAGAAAAAAGACUUACAAAAUGUGUUUUGCACGUGCAGGGCAUGACAUGCGCAUCUUGUGUAAGUGCAAUAGAAAAACAUUGCAAAAAAUUAUAUGGAGUUGAUAAUAUUUUAGUAGCACUAAUGGCAGCAAAAGCGGAAGUAAAAUUUGAUCCAGAUAAAAUAAGUCCAAUUGAUAUUGCCGCAAGUAUUUCCGAUCUUGGAUUUCCAACUGAAGUCAGCGAUCCCGGGACUGGUGAGAGUGAAGUCGAAAUUUCAAUCACAGGAAUGACGUGUGCAUCAUGUGUAAAUAAAAUAGAAUCAAAUGUGAAAAAACUUCCCGGUAUGCAAAUGGCGAACGUUGCACUCGCAACGCAACGAGGAAAAUUUAAAUACGAUUCAGAUAAAAUUGGAGUUCGUGAUAUUUUAGAAUGUAUUAAUAAAUUAGGAUUCAAUGCCAAUUUACUGAGUAAUAAACAAAAUGAAAAUAGAGGUUACUUGGAUCAAAAAGAAGAAAUACAAAAAUGGAAAUCGGCAUUCUUGAUAUCGUUAAUAUUCGGAGUGCCAUGUAUGAUUGCAAUGACAUAUUUUAUGUUAGUUAUGUCAAUUGGACAUAAAUCCCAUGAGGAUAUGUGUUGCGUAAUUCCUGGUGUGUCGUGGGAAAAUCUUAUUCUAUUCAUCUUCUCAACUCCCGUACAGUUUUUCGGUGGAUGGCAUUUUUACGUACAAGCUUAUAAAGCCCUUAAACAUGGAUCAACAAAUAUGGAUGUUUUAAUUUCAAUGACAACAACAAUAUCAUAUGUUUAUUCUGUUUGUGUUCUUGUUGCUGCAAUUAUUUUACAAGAAAGCGUUAGUCCACAAACAUUUUUCGAUACACCGCCAAUGUUACUUGUUUUCAUUAGUUUAGGAAGAUGGCUUGAACAUGUAGCAAAGGGUAAAACAUCAGAAGCACUAUCAAAACUUCUUUCACUAAAAGCAACGGAUGCUGUUCUCAUAACAUUGGGAACAAAUAGUGAAAUUAUUUCCGAACGUAUUAUAAGCGCUGAUCUUGUGAAACGUGGUGAUUUUUUAAAAGUUGUACAAGGUGCAAAAAUUCCCGUCGACGGUCGUGUAAUAUCAGGACAUUCGGCAUGCGAUGAGAGUUUAAUCACCGGUGAAAGUAUGCCUGUACCAAAAAAAGUUGGAUCAGUUGUAAUUGGAGGUUCUAUUAAUCAAAAUGGACCACUUUUAAUUGAAGCAACACAUACGGGUGAACAUACAACAUUGGCACAAAUUGUACGUCUUGUUGAAGAGGCACAAUCAAGUAAAGCACCAAUACAACAGCUUGCUGAUAAAAUUGCCGGUUAUUUUAUUCCACUUGUGAUAUCUGUUUCGUUUAUAACAUUAAUUGCAUGGAUAACUGUUGGUUAUAUUAAUUUCGAUGCAUUACCAAUUACACAUAAUGAGCAAAUAAUGAAAAAUAAUUUGGGUAGACUUGAAAUUAUUUAUCAAUAUGCUUUUAAAUGUGCCUUAUCAGUUUUGGCGAUCGCUUGUCCUUGUGCAUUGGGAUUAGCGACACCAACGGCCGUUAUGGUUGGCACUGGUGUUGGUGCUUUAAAUGGUAUUUUAAUAAAAGGCUCCGAACCAUUGGAAAAUGCACAUAAAGUGAAAUCAAUUGUUUUUGAUAAAACUGGAACACUUACAAAUGGCGUGCCAACAGUGACGAAAAUUGUUUUAUUUGUUAAUGAAAAAAUUUGCUCGAUUGGUAAAUUUUUAACAAUUGUUGGAACAGCGGAAAUUAAUAGUGAACAUCCAAUUGCUUCAGCAAUUGUACGUUAUGUUAAAGAAACAAUAGGAACGGAAAUAAGUGGUAAAUGUUCAAAUUUCCAAGCAGUCGCUGGUUGUGGAUUAAAAUGUAAAGUUUCUUAUUUAACAACAACAAUUUCAUCAGCAUUGCGUUCGGAAAAAGUCAUUAAUUAUAUGAAUCAAUUGAGAAAUUUGAAUUCGGGAACAUUUUAUUUAAAUGAAGUACCAGUGGAUAUUGUCACAAUAAUUAAUUCAACGCAGGAGAGUCAAAAUUUAAAUUUGGAAUUAUUAUUGAAUCCUGAUUCACAUGGUGAUAGGAUUGAUGUUGAUUCUUAUGAAAUUUGCAUUGGUAAUCGUGAAUGGAUGAGAAGAAAUGGAAUUAUAAUAACGCAAGAGGUUGAUAAUCGAAUGAUUGAUGAAGAAAGUUUAGGACGUACGGCUAUUUUAACGGCUAUUAAUAAUACUUUAGUGGCAAUGAUUAGUGUUGUUGAUCAAGUAAAACCAGAAGCACAUUUGGCAGUUUAUACAUUGAAACGAAUGGGUUUGGAAGUGAUUUUAUUGACUGGUGACAAUAGAAAGACUGCAGCGUCAAUUGCGCGACAAGUUGGAAUUAGUAAAGUUUUUGCUGAAGUUCUUCCAUCGCAUAAAGUUGCGAAAAUUCAAAGAAUGCAGGAAAAAGGAGUUAGAGUUGCAAUGGUUGGCGAUGGAGUUAACGAUAGUCCUGCACUUGCUCAAGCUGAUGUUGGAAUUGCAAUAGCAUCUGGUACUGAUGUUGCGGUUGAAGCUGCCGAUGUUGUUCUAAUGAGGAAUGAUUUAUUAGAUGUUGUCGCGUGUUUGGACCUCUCUCGUAAAACGGUGAAUCGAAUAAGACUGAAUUUCCUUUUUGCCAGUGUUUACAAUUUAUUAGGAAUUCCGAUUGCCGCUGGAGUUUUUAGUUCCUUUGGAUUUCUCCUACAACCAUGGAUGGCAUCCGCUGCCAUGGCUCUCAGUUCCGUUUCAGUUGUUGGAAGUUCUUUACUCCUUAAAUUAUAUCGAAAGCCGAGUAAAAUGACUUUAGAAACAUCGGAAUAUUUAGCGGCGAUAAACGCACAUUCAGCGGCUAGAACGCUAGACGCUGACGCUAUUUCACUUCAUCGUGGAUUAGACGAUACAGUUUCAGUAGCAAUGCAGAGAUCAACAUCGACAAUAUCAAGAUUGUUUAAUAAUCGCGCAAAAGAAGAUAUUGAAGGUUGUCUUCUUUACAACGAUGCGGACGAUCUUGUUACAGUCGAUUUUUCGAAUUGUCAAAAAAGAGCAAAAAUCGUCUCGGACAUAACUAAUCUCUAAUAAAUGUAUAAAAUUCUAGUCGUGAGAAUUUGUUUAUUUUAAAUGUCAAAUGUGCUGAUGGUUCAAAAAAAAGAAGAAAAAAAAUGGUAAGGCUAAUGAAUUCGUCAAAAAACUAAGACUAAAAAAAAUUCUAUUUUGUAAAAAAAAAAAACAAAAAAAAAGAGUGGCAAAUUUUUUUUUUUUAAAUUAUCAAACAUUUUAUAAAUUUUUAACUUCCAGUAUUUAAUAAUGAAUUGAUAUUUUUUACCCAGUGCAAAUGUAUAUAUAUAUAUUUUUUUUAAAUUACUCAUUUUCCACGCAGUACUGAUUCAAUUUCUUUUUGAGAAGAUUUUACAAACUUAGACUAUAUUUAUAAUUUCGCAAUAUUAUUUUUUUUAUAAGACCUUUUUAAACAAAAAAAAUGAAAAAAAAUAUAUUAAACUGUAUCUGACGUUGUACUUAAUUGUUUAAAAAAAAAAAGAAAGCGAUUAAAGAUCUAUUUUAUUAUAAUUACAAAAGAUAAAUAUUUUUUAACUUAACAUUAAGAGAAUAAUAAUUACAUGCGUAUAUUUACAAUAAUUAAAAUAAAAAAACUAAUCUGUAAUCGCUUUUUAAUUGUAAUGAUAAAAUAAUGUUUAGUUGUAAGUCGACAUUUACUUAUGUACAUUCUUUUUGUUCGAAUGUGUUUUCUUUAUAUAAAAAAUUAUAUAUUUCCCCAAAAAAAAUAAAUA